GGCUGAAGCGGUGGGCAAUCAUAAUAGAGUCUUGAAAUCUUGGAAGGAAAGGAGAAUGACAGCUACUUCCUUUUAGCACCAAAGAGGCAAAGAAUUUUGAAAAUUAGGGAGAUAAAAAAGAGAAAUAGAGACAGAGAUGGAAAUAAAGGGAAAAGGUAAAGCAGGAAGGGCCAAAAAGGGAGAAGAAGGCUUGAAAAUAGGGGUUUUGGUGGAAAAAAGAUGGGGCAAUUCUACUCCUUCAUCAAAAUGGAGAUAUGGGUUGGCUCAGAUUGAUGGUUCUCUUCUCCAAGAUCCCACCUUUCCUUCCAAUUCCACUGUCUCUGUCAGAAAACUUGGGUCUGUUUUCUGGGAAGUUCAGCAGCCCCAUCUCAUAGUCAUGAUGAACAAACCUAAACCCAGUUUUUACUAUUCCAAAGACAAGGGCUUUCACUUUCCUAGCUCACCAGGUCAGCCAGCUGAUGAUUCAAGAAGGCCUGCAGCAGCUUCAAAGAAGCAACAUAAUCGACGUGUUGCAGAAAAUUGCAAUACUAUGCUGUUUGAAUCUCCUGCAGGUUUUUGCAGCAGCUCAAUGGAGAUUCCCACUUAUAGACCAGCUAUGAUCCCUCCUAAAAUGGACACUAAGUGCAGAAGCAGAAAUUCAAGUUACAGCCUCAAUACAUCAACUGAGUUGCUUCGGGUGCUCAACAGGAUUUGGAAUCUCGAAGAACAAAGCGCGUCCCACAUUUCUCUGGUUAAGUCCCUGAAAAGGGAACUCCAUCACUCAAAAACCAGAAUCAAAGAGCUCCAACAAGAUAAGAAGUUCAAAGAUCUCUCGGAAGCAAAAUCCUCUCUUUUUGAUGCCAGGAUAGAGGUCGAAAGAGAAAAGAAGGUGCGGGCUGUGCUGGAAAACUUAUGCGACGAAUUUGCCAAAGAGAUAAAAGAGUACGAAAAACAAGUUAGGAAUCUGAGGUGCCAAUCAAGAAAAGAUCAGAUUUUUGAAGAACAAAAUGAUAAAUUGGUUGUUCAUAUCUCAGAAGCAUGGCUGGACGAACGUGUGCAGAUGAAGGGCAUUGACAGUUCUCAUAAAGAAACAAUCUUGGACAGGUUAGGCUCAGAAAUAGAGGAGUUUCUGAGAGCCAAACAAGAAACCAAAACUGUUCCAAGAAACGAGAUUGUCGAAGGAGAAUCCUCUAAUGGGAGGAAAUCACAUGAACAAGAAGAGGGCAGAAGGAGAUUGAAUCCUUUGAUGAAGAAAUGUCAAUCGGAACGACUGCCCGAGCUGCCCGCGCUGUUUAGCCCAAACAUGCAACAUGGAGAUGAGAUUCAUCAGGUGAGGAAUUCAAAGGGUGCUGAGAAAACAAAGGUUUUGCGCAAUGGGUCUUGUAGAAGAAGGAGCAAGCAGAGGCAUGAGCAAGGUUCUUUUGGUCCUUUUACAGGUGGAGGCAGUAGUAUAGUGGUGGAGAAAUGGACAUCAGAAAAAACAGGUGAAGAAAUAUCUGCAAAACUGGCUCAAAGUUGUAAGGAGAACUCACUUAAGGCAAUGCUACUUGAAGCGCGGCUAGGGGCUAAAACGCAACGUAUGAGAUUGUGUUAGGAUUGCGGAUUUCACUUUUUAAAUUCGCUUUAAUAUGAUAUUGUUCGUUCUAGAUCACGACCUCACAUGAGUUUUUCUUUGAAUACUACAUAGAGAACUCAUAACUAAUGAGUUAGACUCACACUUAUACUUUAGACUAGAUAAUAUUACUUCCAAGGGUCAAAUUCAAUUUUAAUUUGUUUUAUACGGAGUAAUUAUUUAUACUGAAUCUUCAAACCGUAUCAAAUUAUAAACCGGGUAUGUACCAUACAUCAAGACUACUUAAUUUUAUGUAUAUCAGUUUUGUAUUACGGAGUACUAUAUUGUUGGGACAUGCUUAAUAGAUUAACUUAUUUUAA